GAUGAAUCGCAAUCGCCAGUUGCCGGCACUAGGGCUUAUAUAUAAAAGCUCUGAGCUUGCGGGCUGCAUAUCGGUUCCUGACUUAGUUCGUGUGUCAUCGCUCCUUUCAAAUUUCAUUUCUUUGAGUUUUGAUCAACAAAUCCCGGCACUAAACAAUAGCCAUCAAAAUGCAGAAACAAUUAACAUUGGUAUUGUUCAUCUUCGCCACUGUAACUGUAAUUACAGUUAUCGAUUCUAUAGAAGCUGCACCUUUUUCUCCAGAACGGCAACUUUAUUUGGACCAGUUGGAAGAAGAUCCUCAGUCAUUUUACGAAUUGAUCGCGCAGUAUAACAAACUAAAAGAAUUGGAAAACAAACGGGCUUACGGACUUGAUUUUGGACUGAGCCGCGGAUUCAGCGGCUCCCAAACCGCAAAACAUUUGAUGGGUAUGGCAGCUGCCAAUUAUGCAAAUGGACCCGGACGGAGGCGUCGAUCCGAGCAGGCGUAAAUUUAGUCACAACAAUAUUACCUUAAAUGUGAAAAAAAUUUUAAAAAUCAACGCUUAUGCACCUUAAAAAAAAAAAAAAAAAAAAAAAAAGUACAGAACAAAAUACCUCAUUUUUUGUGAGAUUGAAAUCAAGACAUUUAAAAAUUUUUUAAAUUUUUAUUAAAAAUUUAAAAAAUUCUAAAAUGUCAGCUGAUUUUAGUUUCACAAUUUUUUUAGCUCUCUAUAUUUAUUUCUUCUUGUCUAGAGUGUAUUUGUUAGCAUAAAACAAACAAAUAAUCAAAAUUAAAGCACAUAUUAAUUAAUAUUUAUCAAAAGCACCGUUGAAAUGUCAAAUUUUGUCUAGUCCGACAUUGUACACUUUAGAAUUGUAGAUUUUUUUAGGUUAUGUUACCGCAACAAAUUAUUUUUAAUUAACUAAAAUUAUUUUCCCGUAAAAAACAGUAUUAUUAUAUUUUAUAAUAAAUAUCUAGUGUAUUGCUCAUAUAUAUUAUUAUUUUUAUUUAUUUUAUAAAUUGUUAUGAUCUAUCUGUAUUUAUUAAAGCAAUGAGUAAUAAAAAUGUAGGCAUAGUAAUAAAUAAAACUUUAAAUCUCGACGGAAUUAUUUGAAUGUAAUAAAAAUUUAACAUGCGCUCUAUGUACCAUAUUAAUGACAACAUCUAAUAUAUUAUAUUAUAUCUGUAUCUAAUAAAUGUUACACUUUAAUCCAAUGCUAUAA